AUGCUUCUGCUGGGCAUCGUCGCCCUGGCUCUCGUCGGGGCGCCCGCGGACGGCGGCGCGGAGCCAGAGCGGGAGGUGGUGGUGCCCAUCCUCCUGGACCCGGACCUCAAUGGCCGCCAGUACUACCGGCGGGGCCCCGAGGACCCCCCCGGGGCAGAGCAGGGGCUCAUUUUCCAGAUCACGGCGUUCCAGGAGGACUUCUACCUCCACCUGACGCCGGAUGCCCAGUUCCUGGCGCCCGCCUUCGCCACGGAGCAUCUGGGAGGGGUCCCGCUCCAGGGGCGCCCCGCCGCCGCCGCCCAGGACCUGCGCCGGUGCUUCUACUCCGGGGACGUGAACGCCGAGCCCGAUUCGUUCGCCGCCGUGAGCCUGUGCGGGGGGCUGCGUGGAGCCUUCGGGUACCGGGGCGCGGAGUAUGUCAUCCGUCCGCUGCCCAACGCCAGCGCGCCCGCCGCCGGGGCGCAGCGCCACCGCAACCGGCAGGGCGCACACCUCCUCCAGCGCCGCGGCGCCCCGGGCGGGCCUCCGGGGGACCCCACCUCUCGCUGUGGGGUGGCCUCAGGCUGGAACCCCGCCAUCCUGCGGGCGCUGGACCCUUACAAGCCUCGGCGGGCCGGCUUAGCGGAGGGACGCGGCGGGCGCCGGUCCGGACGCGCCAAGCGUUUCGUGUCCAUCCCGCGCUACGUGGAGACCCUGGUGGUGGCGGACGAGUCCAUGGUCAAGUUCCACGGUGAGGACCUGGAGCACUACCUGCUGACGCUGCUGGCCACCGCGGCGCGGCUCUACCGCCACCCCAGCAUCCUCAACCCCAUCAGCAUCGUGGUGGUCAAGGUGCUGCUCCUCGGGGACCGCAAUGCGGGGCCCAAGGUCACGGGCAACGCGGCCCUGACGCUGCGCAACUUCUGCGCCUGGCAGAAGAAGCUCAACAAAGUGAGCGACAAGCACCCCGAGUACUGGGACACCGCCAUCCUAUUCACCAGGCAGGACCUGUGUGGAGCCACCACCUGUGACACGCUGGGCAUGGCUGACGUGGGCACCAUGUGCGACCCCAAGAGAAGCUGUUCUGUGAUCGAGGAUGAUGGGCUCCCAUCAGCCUUCACCACUGCCCACGAGCUGGGCCACGUGUUCAAUAUGCCCCAUGACAACGUGAAAGUGUGCGAGGAGGUGUUCGGGAAGCUCCGGGCCAACCAUAUGAUGUCCCCAACGCUCAUCCAGAUCGACCGCGCCAACCCCUGGUCAGCCUGCAGCUCUGCCAUCAUUACCGACUUCCUGGACAGUGGGCACGGAGACUGCCUCCUGGACCAGCCCAGCAAGCCCGUGGCCCUGCCCGAGGACCUGCCUGGAGCCAGGUACACCCUGAGCCAGCAGUGCGAGCUGGCCUUCGGCGUGGGCUCCAAGCCCUGUCCCUACAUGCAGUACUGCACCAAACUGUGGUGCACCGGCAAGGCCAAGGGGCAGAUGGUGUGCCAGACCCGCCACUUCCCCUGGGCAGAUGGCACCAGCUGUGGCGAGGGCAAGUUCUGCCUCAAGGGGACCUGUGUGGAGAGACACAACCUCAAUAAGUACAGGGUGGAUGGCUCCUGGGCCAAAUGGGAGCCCUACGGCCCCUGCUCUCGCACCUGCGGCGGGGGAGUGCAGCUGGCCCGGAGGCAGUGCAGCAACCCCACCCCUGCCAACGGGGGCAAGUACUGCGAGGGGGUGAGGGUGAAGUACCGAUCCUGCAACCUGGAGCCCUGCCCCAGCUCAGCCUCUGGCAAGAGCUUCCGGGAGGAACAGUGCGAGGCCUUCAACGGCUACAACCAUAGCACCAACCGGCUCACCCUCACCGUGUCGUGGGUGCCCAAGUACUCCGGGGUGUCCCCCCAGGACAAGUGCAAGCUCAUCUGCCGAGCCAACGGCACUGGCUACUUCUAUGUGCUGGCCCCCAAGGUGGUGGAUGGGACGCUGUGUACCCCCGACUCGACCUCGGUCUGCGUCCAGGGCAAGUGCAUCAAGGCGGGCUGCGACGGGAACCUGGGCUCCAAGAAGAAGUUUGACAAAUGCGGGGUGUGCGGGGGAGACAAUAAGAGCUGCAAGAAGGUGACGGGACUCUUCACUAAGCCCAUGCACGGCUACAAUUUCGUGGUGGCCAUCCCCGCAGGCGCCUCCAGCAUUGACAUCCGCCAGCGUGGCUACAAGGGGCUGAUUGGCGACGAGAACUACCUGGCCCUGAAGAACAGCCAAGGCAAGUACCUGCUCAACGGGCACUUCGUGGUGUCGCCCAUAGAGCGGGACCUGGUGGUGAAGGGCAGUGUGCUGCGCUACAGUGGCACGGGCAUGGCCGUGGAGAGCCUGCAGGCCUCCCGGCCCAUCCUGGAGCCCCUGACCGUGGAGGUGCUCUCCGUGGGCAAGAUGACGCCGCCCCGGGUCCGCUAUUCCUUCUACCUGCCCAAGGAGCCCCGGGAGGACAGGUCCUCCCACUCCAAGGACCCCCAGGGUCCCCCCGUGCUCCACAACAGUGUCCUCAGCCUCUCCAAUCAAGUGGAGCAGCCGGAUGACAGGCCCGCUGCGCGCUGGGUGGCCGGCAGCUGGGGGCCGUGCUCCGUGACCUGUGGCGGGGGUCUGCAGAGGCGGGCGGUGGUCUGCCGGGGAGCCCCCGGGCAGCGCCCAGCAUCUGCCUGCAAUGCCAACCAUCGGCCGGCGGAGACUCGAGCCUGUGGGGACCCCUGUCCGACCUGGGAGCUCGGGGCCUGGUCGCCUUGCUCCAAGAGCUGCGGCCGUGGCUUCAAGAGGCGUCCGCUCAAGUGUAUGGGCCACGGAGGGCGGCUGCUGGCCCGGGACCAGUGCAACCUGCGUCGGAAGCCCCAGGAGCUGGACUUCUGCAUCCUGAGGCCAUGCUGA